AUGAAAGGAAAAGCGGAUGAAGCGGAACAGCUCAAGUUAUUCCAAAGAAUUUGGGAUACAAAGUGUCAGGAUUGCCGCCUAUGCAUCCAAACCGGAUGCAAAGAAGAAGGAAAGGAUGUGCGACUGAGGAAACUUGACUACCAUACCACAUCCCCACAGAAUGAGAUACUUGUGCCUAGAGAGGAUCUCAAGGCCAUGUCUGAAGAAACAAAAUAG